AGAUGCUGUAGUUUACGUGUGACAUCGAAUGUUGUGAACACUUGGAGAUGUGAGCCUUUCUCACCUGUACAGUAGUUGUAGAGGUGUACUGUGCAUGCGGUCAGCUGUGCUCAAUCAGAUAGUGACGGCUGAGGCCAGGUACCUGUAGAUGUAGAUGACGCUGAGUGAGAUCCUCUCCUGACACAUUGCGCCACCAUGGAGCAUAGGCACUCGCGCGCCUCCGGCCGCUCGGAAUACUUCAGCUGCGACAGCGCAUCCAGCAGCGAAGCAGACCAUCUGGAUACCGGUGAGGGGACAGAGGGGGGUAUUGAGUUCACCACCUCACCAGAAGCAAUAGAAAUGGGUCCUUUGCAAGAGAUGGAGAAGCCUGGGCUGGAUUUACAUGGCACCCAUUCUUCACCUGCUAUAAUAGUGGGUACGCCUUCAUCUCCAUCCCCCAGAGAUGACAAGAGGCACUCCUGGGGCUUUUCUUCAGGUGGCUCUGAUACCCAUUUGUCCCCCGAUGUGAACCAUGCCACUGUGACCAGCAUGGAGUCGUUUGAGAAUCUGGAUCAUGAAGCCUUGAAGAGCGAAGCAGAGGGAAGCGUGGAUCAAGGUCUGAUAAGGUUUGGCGAGAAGGCUGAGAAUGGCAAGUGUUGCCGGUAUAUAAGUGCCACAAAUGAAACCCCAGUUGAUCUGAUAGCACACUUCAUGUCCAUGAAGUGGAAGAUGAGGACGCCAAAAGUGAUCUUGUCCGUUAUUUCUGGGGUGGAACAUUCCACAGUUUUCAACAACUCCAAAGUCGCUGAUGAUUUUCAGAAAGGUCUUAUUAAGGCAGCUAAUUCCACUGUUAUGUGGGUUCUGACGGAUGGUAUAGACUAUGGGGUGCCUAAGCUUGUUGGUGAUGCUGUGGCGGAGGAGAUGGGCAGACGGAAACUACAGGAGUGUGACCCUGCAAUUGGGAUGCCAGACUCUGUCAAACCUCCGACCAAACUGCCCAAACUUACGGUUAUCGGAGUCCUGUUGAGAGACAUCGCUAACCGUUCAGGCAGACGGGGAAGUACAGAGUCUUUCACAAAGAACUGCGACAUGAAUCCAAACCACACUCACUUCCUUCUAUUGGAUGGUACGGAGAAGCGUCUUGACUGGGUAGAUUUCAGGAACAAAUUAGAGGACCGUUUUCUAACCCCAGUUGGACGACCACGAAAGUACCGUACCGUAACUACGGGAAGUGACUCACAAGGGGGUGCUGAUACGACGGACCAUGCCACACCCAUGGUGGCUAUCCUGGUACAAGGGGGCCUGGAGGAGAUUGAUCACACCCUCAACCUGCUCAAGAGGAGAAAGCCUGUGCUGGUGAUCAAGGGCAGUGGGUAUGCUGCGGACCUUGUUGCCUUCGCCUACGAGGGCGUCCAUGAUAGGAAUGACCCUGAACAUAUAGCCACGUCAGUGAAGCCAGAGCUGAUGAGGAAAGUAGGCCAUGCGUUUCCCUCACAACUCCAGGAGAACGAUGCCCUGAGGACGACCUACAGGGACAAGAUUAUGGAAUGUGUAGGGCUGGCUCAUGAUGGAACCCAGACAUUCCUGACUGUGGUGGAUGUGACACAGUGGGACACCGAUCUCCUGCAACUUAGCAAGUACAUCCUCCAGGCUCUGUUCAAAUCGGAGAAAAGAGGAACUGGGAAACAACUGGUGGAAAACAUACUACGUGACCUUCAACUCACUGUGGAUUGGAACUUGUGUGACCUUGCUGAGUCAGCCAUCUUGGAACGAUACUCCUGGAAAAAGUUAAAUAUUGAGAAUUACCUGUUUGAGCAGGCAUUGAUGCAGCGCGACAGAGAAGAGUUUGUGGGCCUGUUUUUAAAGCAUGGAUUUCAAGUGCACAAAUAUCUCAACCACAAACGACUACAGCAUUUAUUUGAGAAUGCUGAGGAUUUGGAUCUCUUUUACGGUGUCUGCCUACAGAAAGUCCUUGGCAAAGUUGUUGACCCAUCAGAAGGUCUGGACAAGUCUUUCCUGGAGGGGAACAAUUGUCAGUUAAAUCGACUCUUGUUAAGAUGUACAAACCUGAAUAAUUUGGUGAAUCCCUACGAGCUUUCUAUGAACAGUCUGGAGUCAUAUGUCAGCCAUGUGGAGGUAGCCGAGAGGAAGGCAAUGAACACGCUGGUGAUGUGGUCAGCCCUCACUAACAAGAUUAAGCUGACGAAACUGUUGUGGCAGAAGGUGGAUGACCCCAUCCCAAUGGCCCUUCUGCUGAGUAACCUUUUUACCAAGCUGAGCAAGUUCUGUUCUGACCGAGACCUCAGGAACCAGCUUCGCCAGUAUGGCGUAGACUUUGGCAAAAUGGCAGUGGAUAUCUUUGACUUGAGCUACCUGGACUCGCCCGUCCAGGCCCUGGGCAUCCUCAGUAAACGUCUUCCAGAUUACGACAAUCGCUCCACCCUGGAGAUUGCUUUCAUUGGUCAUAAUCGUGUGUUCAUCGCGCACAAGUGCUGUCAGAGAUGGUUAAAUCAACGGUGGUAUGGGAUGAUCGUCAUACGGGAACUGGACUGGGGGUUGUUCACUAUUCCGCCGUGGCUAAAGAUAUAUAUGUCUGCCUUUAUGGUGUUUCCCAUGUAUGUAUGGUUGUCGUUUAUUCCCCCACCGAAGAAACAGACAUCAUUUGCCGUGGAGCAGGAGCCAGAAGAAGAUGAGACAGAGAAAGAAGAGAAGGAAUAUCUGCUGAAACAUCUGACUUCUAUAGAAGAGAAACAUAAGACAGAAUCGCCAAGAAUAAGACUGUAUGGAUUGACAACUCUGAAAAAUGCCAUGGGAAAGAUGGUCUUCCCCAAGCUUCCAUUACACAAGCAGCUGUAUUACCUGUGGAAUGCUCCUAUCACCAAAUUCUGGGUGAACCAGCUGUUCUACAUGGCCUUCCUGUUAGUGUUCACAAUGGCCCUGAUUUUACCCACCUGCGGGAACCUGUACCUGGAUCUGAUAGUGUUUACCUGGACUGGGAUCAUCCUGGUGGAGGUGAUGCGAACAACAUUUGUGAAAAAACGGAAAUACCCUGAAAUGACAGUGGUGUACCCAGUACUAGAGAUAAUCCUCAUCAUCACCUUCCUGGGGUUUUAUCUCUUUGUUCGGAUCAUCCCUCACUUUGUUGUACUGACGGGGAUUUCCUAUCAGUUCACGGAUUACCAGAGCGCCAAGUUUGUCAUGAGUCUGGGGCUGCUCUAUUUCUACUACCGUCUUCUGGCUGUCUCCUUCCCCAUCAGCCCCACCCUGGGGCCUAUGCUGAUUAACAUAAAGAGAAUGAUUAAGAAGGAUUUCUUCACAUGGUUUCGAAUGUUUCUGUUGUUCAUGAUCUCUGGUGCUAUCACCAUUCAGGCGGUGAUUUACCCAAACUACCCAUUUACAUGGGAGAUGCUGCGAAAGGCUUUCUCCAGAGCCCUAUUUGCUUUGUUCCUCACCCAGAUUCAUGACCUUGAAGGAGAUCCUGUAUGUACUGCUGACUACCCUAAUGCAACUCUGGACUUUUGUGGUAAAGAGCUCCGAGAGCCUCUGAUUUCCCCGUGCCCCUACGGAGGGAAUGUCACCUACCUCAUCGUCAUUCAGUACCUGUUCAUUGUCAAGCUGGUGCUGGUCACCCUGCUCUUUGCCAUGUUCAGUUCUACAAUCUCCAAAAUCUCAGCAGAGAGCCAGCAGAUUUGGAAAUUCCAACGAUAUAACCUGAUUGUGGAAUUUGAGGAGCGACUGAGGUUGCCUCCCCCUUUGACUCUGAUCAGUUACUUGUUCAUGUUGGCGCAGUUGGUGUGGCAGAGUUGCCUGAGUCUGCGACGUUCUUGUGCUCGCUGCUGUCGCCGCCGAUCGCACGCCCGAGAUCGAGUGGACUCCAAGAAAAAGAGUCAUGCCAAAUUCCAAGGUACUUUCCUCUACAAGAGGACAGCGGACUUUAACUACUGGAAAAAGACUGUGAAGGAAUACACAAACAAAGAAGACCAGGAGAAGUUGGAAAAGGAGCGCCCCAAGCGUGACACCCAACUCUUACAUAGCUUGAUUGAAGACAUGAGCAAUCAGAAGAAGUAUAACCGCAAAUUGAAUGACCGCCUGGGGAUGCUGGAGAAAGGCCUGACCAGCUGUCUGCAGCUCAUGGAAGAGGCCAAACACAUGAUCGAGAAAAUGGAUCCUAAGGCCCAUGGUAUGACGGCCUUGAAAAAGGAGCAUGUUCACAUUUACUCUCGGCAGUCACCUUACCCGGACACUAGCCUGGAGCGCUACCCUGUCCUCGACAAGUUUGUCCCCUGGGAGAUUGUUCACAGUACUUAUGAUCCCAGUGUUUACACCAAACCUGUCGCAGAGUUUCAUCGUAACUUACAGAAGUUUGUCGAUGUUGAUGUCUUACGGCUGAUAUCCCCUCCCAUACUGGAAAGCACCCCACCCAGAGGACUGGAGGACACACCAGAUGAUCAGGAAGUUGUGAACUUCCGUGCUCGCUGGAACGCCGUCUGCACAGCACAUGUAGACAACGUGAUGAUAGAAGUCGACAGAACAUCCUGGAUCACCGAGAACGGAAGGACAUGCCGAUACAGGCUGGACAAAACUAAUCUGCCACAGAACCCUAAGGGGCGUACAGGGGUGAGAGGUCGUGGUAGUUUGUGGCGGUGGGGACCAAACCAUUCCAUCCUGGGGGUGGUGACCAGGUGUAAGACCAAGAAGGAGGAGGGCAAGCCCCGGGAGCACGUUCUCCAGGAUGGCAAGAAGAUACUGGAGUUCAUCACUAUACAGCAGCCACAGUCAGAGAAAUUCGAACUCCCUGGGGGUAUUAUACAUGGUGAGACGUCGCCCUACAGUUUGAUCUGUGAACUCUUCAUGAAAUAUGUGCUACACGAAGAAGAUGUGGACAGUCGAAUCAAGCUAGACAAAGAAGACAUGAUUGAUUUCUUCUCCCAAUUCUCUGUGGAGGCGAGUUAUGUAGAGGGAACAAAGCCAGUGACUGACUUCAGUGAUGCGGGUUUUACAGCAGAGAUGCUGUAUCGAGGGUACAUGGACGACACACACAACACCGACAAUGCCUGGCUGGAAACGGAAGUCUGGAACUUCCAUUAUGAGUACGGAGAAGACUUUUCCAGCAGAUGUCAGCAUGGUAAAUUUCUCUGGCAGGACUUGUCCUCACAGACUCGUCUCCAUGGCAACCAGUUGGACAUUAUCUUGGAGGUUGCUAAGAUACACAAUGCCCACCAUUGAUAUGUGAUGUUGGGACAGAAAAAAAAAUCUUCGAAUAAAAUAACAGUUAUCA